AUACAUUAUGACUGGGGAUUCCCUAUUCGUCGACGCUGAAUAUGAGGCGACGACAAUCACUGUCAAACGUGUUCACUAUUACUCUGACUCUGGUAACGUGACUUCCUGGUAACGUGUUAGGUAGGAAAAGCAGUAAAAAAGUGCAUAUUAAGGGAGCAGAUUUGAAAUAAUAUUUAUACUUAACAAGAAAUAAUUAAAGGUUCAAUGGGGAGACCUAAAGAUUUACGCAUAUGGGAGCACUACCGUACUUUACCAAACAAGUCUGUUUCUUGCAAGCUUUGUAAUAAGGUCUACAAAUUCAGUAAUGCUGCCAAAAUGCUUCAACAUCUUAUCACUUGUCCAAAAUCUCCAGAAACAUUAAAAGACUCUAUGAAACUUAUAAAAGAUAGCUCGUCCAAAACCAAAAUGUCUGGACUGUCAGAGAUAGAGACAAAUGAUUCUUUUAUAAGCCCCUCGUCGUCUGCUAACACUACAAUAAAUGCUGAGUUUCAAGACACCGAUGAUCAUAUAAAAACAGAAUUAGCGAGAGCUAUAUUUGUAACAGGGACGCCAUUAUCGAUGGUGCAACAUCCUUUAUGGAUACAAUUUUUCGAAAAAUUGCAACCAAAAUUUAAAAUACCUUCACGUAAAGCUUUAGCGACAAAAUACUUAGAUAAAAUAUAUAGAGAAAUGCGUUUUGAGUUAAAUGAGGAACUAAAUGCUUGUAGUUACUUACACCUUCAGUGCGAUGGCUGGUCUAAUUUAAGAAAUGAAGGAAUAAUAAACUUUCUUAUAUCAAAACCUCAACCUGUAUACGUUAAAAGUUUGAAUACAGAAAGUAAUCCUCACACUAGUGAAUACCUUAGCCAAGAAGUUGAAAAAGUAAUGAAAGUGUAUGGAGCAAAUAAGUUUCUUGUACUUAUUGGCGAUAACGCUAGAAAUAUACAAAAGGCAUUCGAAUUAACAAAACUCAAAUAUCCACAUGUUGUUCCUCUCGGUUGCUGUGCACAUAUCCUUAACUUGUUGUGCCAAGAUAUUGUAAAGAUACAAGAAGUAACUGUGUUUAUUAUGCAAGCCAUAAAUAUAAUAAAAACUGUUAAAAGGAGUCAACGAUUAAGUUCCUUGUUGAUAAAAUCAAGGCAGGGUGAAGAUUCUACACAAACACUAAAAUUGCCUUGUGCUACAAGAUGGGGAAGUCAUGUUACUUCGUUAAAAAGUUUGAAAGCAAAUAAGAUAGCUUUGCAAAUAUUAACAGUUAGAGAAGAUGUGGUAAUUUCAAGAGAUAUUAAAGAUUUAAUUCUAAGUGAUGAUUUCUGGACGAAGACAGGGGAAUGUAUAAGUAUUUUGGAACCAGUCACUGAAAGCAUAUUUUACUUAGAGAGCGACCAGAAUCGUUUGCAUCGCACAUACAUUACAUUUAGAGAUGUACAAGCUAAGAUACGUUUUGCAUUAAAUGAGAUUUCGACAUUGAGCGAAGAAAGCAAACAGCAGAUUCUAACAUCAGUAUCUUCAAGAUGCAAUAUGGCAAUGAGGCCAAUACAUUUUGCAGCAUAUAUUCUAGACCCCAGGACUCUAGGAGUCGAACUUACUCAAGAGGAAGAACUUAAGGGUAUGGAGUUUAUCUACAAUUUAAGCCAACACUUAAGUUUGUCAAAUGUAAUGGCAGAUUUGGCGUGUUAUAAAGCUAAAGAAAACUUUUGGGCCAGAGGAUUUGUAUGGAGCUCAUUAGAUAGCAUUGAGCCCCUAAUAUGGUGGAAAGGUAUUUGUGGUUCCACUGAGUUAAGCAAAGUAGCGAUUCGUAUUCUAUCAGCUCCCUGUACUUCGGCAGCCACUGAGCGUUCCUUUAGUAUCCAAGGCUACAUACAUAAUAACAAAAGAAAUCGACUUACAACUGAAAGAACUGAAAAAAUUUCAUUCAUUUGUUAUAACUGGAAUCUUAAACAUAAAGCUGAAUGCGAGGACAUUCAGUUUAAUGAAGAAAAUACCUUAGAAGCUUUCAUUGAGCAAGUAAAUGAACAUAACAGUUUAGACGAAAUAGAGCCUAUCGAACCUAUACAAUUCAUCGCUUGUAAUAACUCUGAAUCUGACAGUGAUUGACUGUAGUUUUACAUUUUACUUUCAUCUCUUUCUUAAUAAACUCAAAAUCAAAUUAAAAGUUUUUUAUUCUGUAGGCUGCAUAAUAAUAUUGUCUAUGUCCAGUAUAGUGGACGUCUUGCGGCUGAGAUGACGAUGAUGAAGUACAAAAUCAUAAACACCCAAAAAUUUGGGUGUUUAUGGGGUUUAAACCCAAUAAACCCAAAACACCCGGUUUUUACCCACCAGACUUUAAACCCACCCAGGUGGAUUGCCC